AUGGCUUCUGCAUUCGAGCCAGACUACCGGUCUUCAUUUUAUUCUCCCCUCCAACAAGCCCCCAUCUACAGAGACGCACCGUAUACACCACCGCCACCACAACACUAUGCGAUACCAAGCGUCGGAUGCGGCCCAGCCGUCCCAUUCGCGCCAUACUUUCCCCAGACACCGUUCCUCAGCUCAAUACCAUAUGUGCACAACGAAUACGACGGCUUCGUCAACGGCGUCAUCAGCGACGUCCUAAUCCACGUCGACGAUGGCGUCACCUAUAAACAACCAUACGAUGCAAAGAUCUUAGCUGCGAAUCGUUAUACAGUGCCCGAGUCCAACCUCAUGUGGGGUUCUGACGUCUCUUUCGGUCCGAACGGCUACCAACCGGCCCCGAACUCCUCGCCAGAAGUCAAGAUGGAGCCGGAACCGGCUCCCUUAUAUGGAAUCCAUGCAGUACCGCAUUCGCGGGCUGCCACGCCAACGACGGCGCAGACGCCCGCACUCAAGCCCGAGUCUGAGCCAGAGACGGAGCUAGAGCUGGAGCCCGAGGCAGUGACAGAGGCAACGAAAAUACUACCGUCAAGCAAAGAAGAAGACCAACUCCCUGAGCUGGCAGAACUGAGCCGAGCCGGACUCCAGAAGAUCACGGGCAAGAAGCGAAGACGGCUCUUGCACAUCAUCGCUGAGCGGAAUCGGCGUCUACAUCAGAAUAGGAUGUACGAUGAAUUGUACAAGAUGGUGCCCGGGCUGGAGAACAGUUCGCGCUCGACGAAGCGCGAGGUGCUUAUGCGCACUGUGGACUUUUUGGCGGAGCUCGUAGAUGGGAACCGAAGGCUACAGCAGCAACUGAGGCAUCUACAAGUGCCGCCCAAUACAAGUUCGGGGACAUCACACACUAACCGUCUUAUUUCCCUGCCCCUCACUUGCUCUGACACUGCCAAUCCGCGGAAAGAUCAGGCCGGAACCUCACGGAAUCCUUCGACGCAGGGUCUCAUUACCCCUCCUACCGAAUAUGCUUAUGCCCAGCUAGAAAAGAGAACCGCUAGCGCAAUGUGA